AACCGCGAAAAACACAUUGAGCCUGCAUGUCCAUUUCGCCACUUUCCCUCUCUCUUGUCUCCAGCUAUCCCCAGAAAGAUGGGAAAAGAAUCCGCGGCACUCAGCACAACGACUCGCGCGGCGGCCGCCCCGGCCGCUCAAGUCGAGGAAGUGUACGGGAAACAGAUCGAAUCGUGCCUGCGAGACGUAUUCCACCACGCCGAGUUUAGACCCCCCCAAAAAGAGAUCGUCCUCUGCUUCCUGGGGGGCCACGACUGCUUCGUCUUGAUGCCAACAGGGGGAGGGAAGUCGCUGGGGUUCCAGAUUCCCGCGCUGCUGUUCUCGGGGGUGACGCUGGUGGUAUCUCCGCUGAUAGCGCUGAUGCAGAACCAAGUGAAGGCGCUGAGGGAGCGCGGCGUGGCAGCGGAAAUGAUGAACCACACGCUCUCGUCCGCGGAGAGAGAAAGAGUACUGAAGGACAUGAGAAGGCCGCAGCCCAACACGAAGUUGCUGUACAUCACGCCGGAGCUGGUACAGACGAAGAAUUUCUUCGACACACUGAGGGGAAUGUACGCGAGGGGUGUUUUGAGCGCGGUGGUGGUGGACGAGGCGCACGCGGUGAGCGCGUGGGGCCACGACUUUCGCCCGGCUUACGAGAAGCUCGGAGUACUGAAGGAGAAAUUCCCGAUGCUGCCCGUGAUGGCGUGCACGGCGACGGCGACGGAAAGGGUCCAGUUGGACGUGGUGUGCACGUUGAAGCUAGAAAAAAACUGUCAAAAGUUUUUGGCAUCGUUCAACCGCCCGAACAUUUGGUACGAAGUUCGGUACAAGUCGGCGCUACAGGACGUGUUCGAGGACCUGAGGGCAGCGAUCGCAUCGCAGGUGGAGAGAGGCGAGCCGUGCGGAAUUGUGUAUUGCCACAAGAGGGCUGAGUGUGACCAGCUGGCGAGGAGGCUGCAAGAAAGCGGUCUGAGGGUGGCGGCGUAUCACGCGGGAAUGAGGGACAAGGAGCGAGAGUCAACGUUGUGCGAAUGGAUUUCGGGGAGGCACCACAUAGUUGUGGCGACGAUAGCGUUUGGGAUGGGUAUUGACAACGCUAGGGUGCGGUUCGUGCUUCAUUACUCGAUGCCGAAGUCGUUAGAGGAUUUUUAUCAAGAAUCGGGCAGAGCUGGUCGCGACGGCGGGCCGUCGAAGAGUAUUUUGUAUUAUUCGCGCGAAGAUCGUGACCUUCGCCAGUAUUUGAUCAAGAAGGAGGCGAAGCAGAGAGCUGGUUCGCACAGACAGCUGGCUUUUUCCAAGUUGGUUGAGUACUGCGAGAGGCCGGUUUGCAGAAGGAGGAUGCUUCUCUCUUACUUUGGAGAGAGCGUUUCGUCGGACCUUUGCGGGUUGAAUUGCGACUGCUGCUCGAAUCCCGAGGCGGUGAGAAGGAGUAUGCGGUUUCUCGAGCCAGUUCAGCGCCUCGAGAGGUUCCUCCAGACGAGUUCGAGGGGGGCGGCGCGGCGCGAGCGCCCGAAGGAGUUGGAGGAGGAGGGUCGUAGAGGGAAGAGGGUGUACGUGUCGUCGGAGGACCUCGAGGAGGCGGGGGUUGACUUGGAUGCGUACUUGGUGAAGUUGGAGCGCGAGGAGGAGGAAGAGAGUGCUAGGUUCGAGAGGUCGUCGUCGUCGUCGUCGUUUAGGCCUCUUUCGCUGGUUCCGCCGAGUCAGAAGUCGUUUUUGCCGGCGAGGUCGCUGCUCGAGCACGCGAGGAGCAUGAGGGUAGCGAAGGGGCAGAAGAGGCUCGAGUUCGCGCGUCCUCAGUAGGGGCGGGCGGCCUGAGGGGGGGGGGGGCGGUCGGCGGCGGGGGGCUGGAAAGAGGGACGGUGAGUAAAAAAGAAAGAGAGAGAGGAAAAAAAAAAAAAAAAAAAAAAAG